AUGGCAGAAGGCCACCACGCCACCUAUCGUCUCGCAAGAGAAGGCGUCCGAUGCUUUCUUGUGAGCGAUGUCACCGGCGGAAGGUCAAAUGCGACCGCGAGGAACCUUGCGGUCCCUGUACAAAGGGCGGCGCCGCCAGCUCAUGUCGUUACGGGCCUCUUCAUGCCCAUGAAACCCCACCUCCCACAGCCCUUCGACCGGUACAACCUGCGCCCGAGCCAUCGCUGCAGGGACAGCCUUCAAUUAGUUCUGCUGAAGGACCCGCAGAGUCACCUGCUCAUCCUGUUCAGCCUGCUGAUCCUCCUGGCCCCGCGAGUUCCAUGA